AUGGAUGGACGGGAGUUCGCGCCGCCGCCGCACCUCCUGGCCGAGCGGGGCCACCGCAGCAGCGCCAGCCGCCUCGCGGCCGCCGGGCACAACGCGGCGGUGCAGCACGGAGGACACUUCCAGCCCGGGAAAUACUUCCCGGCGCCCAUCUCCAUGGCUACGCACACAGCAGGAAGCGGGUUGAUGGGAAACGCACCUGCCUCGUCCUUUAUGGGCAGCUUUCUGAGCAGCAGCUUGGGCUCAGCAGCACCCCCACACCCCACAGGCCCAGCAUCAUCCCCAUCUGAACCAGCCUUCCGUGGCCCCCACUCUGGCACCUCCCAGAUUUGGUUUUCACACUCCCAUGAAGCUCCAGGUUACCCGAGGUUCUCUGGGAGCUUAGCAUCCACUUUUCUUCCCAUGAGCCACUUGGAUCACCAUGGAAACAGCAAUGUCCUGUAUGGCCAACACCGUUUCUAUGAAAGCCAGAAAGACAAUUUCUACCUGCGGAACCUUCCGGCGCAGCCCACACUGCUGUCAGCCAAUCACAACUUCCCCAGCAUUGCUCGGGCAGCACCUGGUCACCCGAUUGGUUCCUGCAGCCGUGACCGGGAGGCUGGCCACGGGCAGAAGUGCCACAAGGACUAUGAGCGCUUUGUCCUGUCCAAGGACAAAGGGGCCAAGGGCGAGGGCAAAGAGAGAGCAGCCGACGAUGAGGCCAAAGAACGGCACAAGCUGGUCAUGCCUAUGACAUCGGAGGGGACCUGCAAGGAAGGUGCUGCCCAGCGAGGUUCUUGUGACAACCGGCCCAAGCAUCUGCCCUCAUGCCUGCUGAGUUCCAAGGUAUUGAAUGGUGACUCAGGCAAAGCUGUCCUCCCAAGCUGUGGUGGAGGAAUCCUGCCGCGUCACGCUGGCGCCCAGAGCCGCUGUGCCAAGGAACUCGGCCACCACGAGCCUCCCCAGUCCUACAGUGAGUGCCUCGAGCGACGGCAGAUGCUGCAUCACUCGGUCUCCUACACUGUUCCAUCUAGUCUGCCUGCUGGGCCCCCCGCUCUGAGCACAACGACGGGCAGCUUCCCCUGCCUCCAGCUUCAUUCCAGCCCCGACGGGAUGUGUCCUCUGCAGGAUAAGGCCAGUCGGGAGCUACGGAUCAGCGGGGCCACGUUUGUGCCUUCUGUAGGCCACUUGACUGACAAGAGCCGCUCUUUCCAGGUGCCCUCUGAGCCCUGUGAGGGCAAGGAGCGUCCCCACGACAUGGGUCCGGAGCACCCACCCACUUACGGAAACCACGCUUUCUCUCACCUCAAAGCAGAGGGGAAAACGGAGCGGCGGCUGGAUUGGCCACAGAAUUCCAGUGCCCGCCUCAAAGGCCUAGAGUACCUGAACAGCCCCGGCUCUGAUAGUCAUUUUGGUAGCUUGUCCCACCAACCUAAGAGUGGGCACUUUGAGAUGGUGCCCCCUCAGGACUGUGCCCGGCCCGGCCCUCAAGAGACGCUGUGUAAACUCAGCCAGUCCUGCUGCACUUUAGACAAGGCCCCCAAGGAGCCGCCAGCACCCAGCACCCAGAAAGUGGCUCGCAUCCGCCACCAGCAGCACUUGCAGACGGAGAUGGAGCAGGCAGGUGCCCAUGCAGAGCCGAAGCGCAAAUCCAUGGAGCUCAGCUCCCUGGGCUACAGCGGACCACACCUCCCCCCAUGGCCGGUGCAGGGCCAGGGCCCUCCGUUGCCCAUGGCAGAGGAAAGGAAAGGCUCCUACCUGGACCCUUUCAGCAGCAGCCUCCAGCAGGCCGCACUCAUGACCCAGGGCUCCGUGCUCACCCAGGAGAUGCAGACGCCCCCAGACGAGGUGUCAGCCAUGAAAAACCUGUUGAAAUACAGCAAUCAAGCACUUAUUGUGGGCCAGAAAGCGCCAUUCGUGGGGCUGGGCAGCCUCAAGGGCAGCUGCGCCCACCAGGAUGGGGGCAAGUUCCUGGGGGCCAAGGGACAGCAGGAGCUGGAACGUCCAGACUGUGCCCGCAGCAGGGACCAUGAGCUGGGCCAUGGCGACGGCGAGGUGCGUCAGCCGCCGGUGGGCAUCGCUGUGGCCGUGGCUCGGCAGAAGGAAACACUGAGCCGGCCUGAACCAGCCUAUGGAUCUAGCUCCAGUCGGCAGGGCCGGGCUGCCAUGGGCCUCAAAGCUGGUGCAGCACGGCCAGUGCAUGUCAUUGACCUGGAUGCUGAGGAGGAACGGAGCCGACUGUGUGAGGAGCGCCUGGGGCUGGCAGGGAGAGACCUCCUCCUCCAGGAUAACAAGGACCUAGUGGAGUUUGCCCGUAUCCACCCAUCAAGCAGCUGCCCUGGAGACCUCACUCCGCACUUGAUGAUUGCAGGAAGUUCCUCGCUCCAGGCCAGCCAGUUAGGAGGAGACCCAGCAGCUCACACGCAUCCUGCCCAUACACACUGGCUGCCCCGGACACGCAGCCCUUCGCUUUGGAUGGGUGGACACUCAUACGGCAUUGGGCACCCUGCCCUCCAUCAAAACCUGCCACCUGGCUUUCCCACCUCUAUGCCCAGUGCGAUGCAGCCAGUCUUCCCCCUGUCACAGGAGCCACCUGCCCAGCUAGUCAUCCUGCCCUCUGAACCACCAGCCCAUGGGGCCCCCCACACACUGGCAGCUGAGGUGAUGGAUCAGGCAUCUAUUUGGCCACCCAUGUAUCCUAGCCGGGGGCCUGGCUCACACCUGCAGCACACCGGGCAACUCCCUGUCUACUCCCGCUCCCAGUUCCUGCGUCAGCAAGAACUCUAUGCCCUGCAGCAGCAGCAGCAGCAGCAGCAGCAACGUGCAGCACAGGCCUUGGAAGUACAGCGGCACACGCACAGCCAGCGGAAGCCUGAAGAGCCACCCCCUGAGCUAGAGAUGCCAGGCCCUGAGAAGCCACUCAAACCAUCUCACAAAGCUGUUGCCUUAAAUGCUACUCCAAAAGGCCUGUCUCCAGCUGCCGCCUGCUCAGCCAAGCUCUCUCCGUGCUGCCACCCACCCAAAUGCCCUGCCCCGUGCACUUUACCUGUCUGCCCUGCUGUGGUGCCCCGCUCACCUGCUGUAAGUCCAGUGCCCUCACAGAACUCCACAGGUCCAGAGGCUGAGGACAAGCAGCCGGAGGGGAGACCAGCCCAGGACUAUCCCAAAUCACUGGAACCAGAUCUUCCACCUGGUUAUUCCUACCCUGUGGCUGGCCUGGGCUAUGCAUCGCCGUUACCCCUGGACCCAGCAGAUCCUGACACUAUGCAAACCGUUUCCACGGCAGCUGAACCUGAGCAGUCACGCACCUUCCCACCGGAGCAGGAGCCACACUGCGAGGCUGAAGCCAACCCCCCCAGUGGGGCUGGGGACAUGGAAGUGGAACCCUCGCACCCUUGCCCUCCCCAUCUCCUGGUGCAUCCCCAGAGGCCAAACUCUACAGAACUGGCUAAGGAGACCCCGUGCUGCCCCCUGCUGGUCGGGGACAGCCCGGAUGACUUGGACUCUGCCCCUCCAGAACACCAGGAGGCGCCUACGCCAGGUGCUGCCCUUCCCGGGCCUUCUCCAGAGGUGAUGGCUGUGGAGGAUGGCCCUGCUGAAGCCCUGGAAGAUGACUGUCAGGUGGAUGAGAGCAACAUGGGCUCACCGGAUGACCCAUCUGCACAUGCCGACGUGCAGGUGGCCCCGUGUGGCCUGGACGCCCUCAUUGCUGCCAGCAUUGACCUGGGCGAACUUCCAGCCUUGGAAUCUCCUCCUCCUCCUGCUCCCCUUCCCUUGCCCUCUCCGUGCAGCUCAGGGAUUCCUGGCAUUGCCCUGCUCAGUGAGCUGGCUGAACUGGAACUCCGUCGGCAGCACUGUGAUACUGCCACCCAUGUGCUGGAUGAAGACCUGGUAGCAUUCAAUCUGCAAAGCCUGGCUACCCUUGCUGCAGCCUGGGCCCUUGUUGAGGCCACUGGCCUGGAGAGCAGCCCUCCCGACCUCCUCAGCCUAGCAGAUGCUGCACCGUGUGUGGACCUGCGCCCCCGCACACGGGUUUCCCGUCGCAAAUAUAUCUGGACCCCCAAAACCAAGCCUGUUUGCCCUCUGAAAGCAGCUAUUGAGAACUUGGACACCCAGGAGGUAGAGAUACGCAUGCGUCUGGCAGAACUGCAGCGGCGCUACAAGGAGAAGCAGCGGGAACUGGCCAAGCUGCAGAGGAGGCACGACCAUGAGCGAGAUGAGAGCUCACGGAGUCCAGCUCGACGGGGACCAGGGCGACCAAGAAAACGCAAGCACUCCAGCACGCUCGGCUCCUUGCGGCAGGGCUCCAUCGGCAAGGGGGACAACAGGAAGGUCAAGUCAGUAAAGGCCAGCUUAUCUCUCCUGUGUGCAGAGCUGCGGGCUGAGGGAGAGCCCAAGAAGAAAAAGAGGAAAAUAUCAGAGACGGCUUAUGGUGGCAUCAAGAGCUCCCAGGAGAAGGUGCGUUGCAAGAAAAGCAGUGCCCAAAGCAAGUUGGCAUCCAAUGUGGUACACAGGGUCUCCCAUCUCAAGCAGAAGGUCAAGAGCAAAGGCUUGCCUGCAAACAUUGGCCCGUUCCGCCGAAAAGAGCCUACCCCCGGGGUCCAGAUCCAAAAGAAACUCUCUCGGCCCAAGAGUUCCAAAGCCGCACCUUCUGCCAAAUACCCACAGCAGGACUUCACUACGUUGGAGGCCAAGCCAAGCACAGGGAAUGCUGAUACAGAUGACAAUCACCACAGAGACUAUGAAAGUGAUGAUGACUGUGGUGGUGAGGACUUGACCAGUGACACCAGUUCCACUCUUCAUGUGACAGUAAACUCGGCUGUGAUUGGCCCCUCUCCUUCCUCUGUGGUGAAAAUGGAAGCUAAUCAGAAGGCAAAGAAGAAAAAGGAGAGGCAGGGGUUGCUAGGGCCUUGCCGAAUCCCCAGUCCUGAGGGCCAAGUCAAAAUCAAGCAGCGCCCAGCGAAGCCUGGUGUAGGGAGGUUGGAAAAGGUGCCGGUCUGCCAGGCCAACUCUUGUGAAAGUUCUAGUAAGAAGAAGCUAAAGAACAAGGCCAAGGAGCUUCAGUGUGGACCUGGGACCUCAACAGCCAGUGAGGGACUCUUCCCUGGCAGCCAGGCCCGGACAUUCACAGCCCGGGAUGAUGCUGGAAAGCUCAGCAGUGAACGCCUCAAGAAAGCCACGCGCAAGAGCAAAGUGCUGCAGUCGGCCCUCAGGAGGAAGAACGGGACACUGGCGCUCUCGCCCCGCAAUGCCAAAGCCAUCCUCAGCAAGGGCAAGAAGCUGUCUAAGGUCAAGAACAAGGCGGUCAGCAAGCAGUGUAAAGGCCGGGCUGUCAGCCGGUUGAUGGAGAGCUUUGCCAUUGAGGAUCACUUUGAGUUUGAUGAUAACAGCAGCUUCUCUGAAGAGGAAGAAAUGCCACCCACUGGCACAGAGCAAGACCUGACCCCUGCCCAGUCAUGCACAAUCCACAAGGAGGAUCUCCAGGAUGGAUUGCGUGUGCUUAUCCCCAAAGAGGACAGUCUGCUUUAUGCCGGGAGCGUGAAGAGUCUGCAGCCGCCCGACAUUUACAGCAUCGUCAUUGAGGGGGAGCGAGGGAACCGGCAAAGGAUCUAUUCCCAGGAGCAGCUGCUACAGGAGGCGGUUCUGGAUGUGCAGCCACAGUCAAGCCACAGCCUCCCACCUGGCACCAGGGUCUGUGCUUAUUGGAGCCAGAAGUCUCGUUGCCUCUACCCAGGGAGUGUCAUUCGAGGUUCUUCAAGUGAUGAAGAGGAUGAUGCAGAUUCAGUGCUGGUAGAGUUUGAUGAUGGGGACACAGGCCACAUUGCAGUGUCCAAUAUCCGCAUGCUGCCACCUGACUUCAAAAUCCAGUGCACAGAGCCUUCUCCUGCCCUGCUGGUCUCCACCUCCUGCCGUCGUAACAAGAGGUCUUCCAGUGAUGUUCCUCAUUCCAGUGAAUCAGCACCAAGCCUAUGUGCCGAGGGACGUGAGGGCUCUGAGUCAACGAAAAACACUGGCAAGAAGGCAACCAGCAAAGAAAAGGCUGGUAAAUCUGACACACUGCACUCCAGUACAAAAGCCCUACCUGCAGACCACUUCCUCGGCCGUCGUGCCAGCCCCCUGCUGAGCUGGUCGGCUGUGGCUCAGAACAAGCGCAAGGCAUCCAGCAAGAGCACGGCUAUGCGACAGAACCUCUUCCAGCUGAACGGCAGCAGCAAGAAGUUGCGGGCCAAGGAGGUGCUCUUCCCUGUGCACAGCGUCGCUGCCCCCAUUUUUGGCAAUGGCUUUGGCUCAGACUCAUUCAGCCGCAUUGCCAACUCCUACUCGGCUUUUGGAAGCGCUGGCCUGGUUCUGCCAUGUGCCCAGAAGCUCUUGCGUGCCAAGAAGGCCGAGCGGUUGGAUGCUGAGGUGGGCAAGGGAGGGCGCCGGAAGAUGGGUGGGGAGUACUUGGUCAAGCUGGACCAUGAGGGCGUGACAUCGCCCAAGAACAAAAACUGCAAGGCCCUGCUGAUGAGUGACAAGGACUUUGGGUCAUUGCCGGGCCAUGGCUACACUCACCCAGCCUUGGGGAUCAAGGAGAAGAAGAGUGCGCUGCCCAUGGGUCUGGCGUUACGCAAGUACGCCAGUCAGGCAGAAUAUGGGCUGCACUGUGACAGUGACUGUCACAGUUCCUAUUCGGACAUGGAUGAAGACGAGGUGGAUGAUCUGAGAGGCAGUGUGCCCUCUCGCUUCCUGACACGCCUUUCCGUCUCUUCAUCUUCUUCUGGAUCAUCCACCUCCUCCAGCUCGGGCUCAGGCUCCACCUCUAGCCUCUGCUCAUCGGACAAUGAGGACUCCUCCUAUAGUUCUGACGAUGAGGACCCCACCUUGCUUGUGCAGACCUGCCUCACGCAUCCUGUUCCAGCCCUGCUGGCUCAGUCUGAAGCCCUGCGCUCGAAGAGCAGCACCCUGCAGAGGUGCUUUGGCGCUGGUGCCAAGGGCAAGCUCAGGCGCAAGGAGGCCCUGAGUUUCUCCAAAGCCAAAGAGUUCUCCCGCCGGCAGCGGCUGCCCUCGGUGGAAAACCGGCCAAAGAUCUCUGCUUUCCUGCCAGCACGCCAGCUCUGGAAAUGGUCUGGAAAUCCCACUCAGCGUCGUGGCAUGAAGGGGAAAGCACGGAAAUUGUUCUACAAGGCGAUUGUUCGGGGCAAGGAGACUCUGCGCAUCGGCGAUUGUGCCGUUUUCCUGUCAGCUGGCCGGCCACACCUGCCAUACAUUGGCCGCAUUGAGAGCAUGUGGGAAUCCUGGGGCAGCAACAUGGUUGUCAAAGUGAAAUGGUUCUACCAUCCUGAGGAGACCAAGCUGGGCAAGCGACAUAGUGAUGGCAAGAAUGCGCUGUACCAGUCGUGCCAUGAGGACGAGAAUGAUGUCCAGACCAUCUCGCACAAAUGCCAGGUGGUUGAACGUGAACACUAUGAGCAGCUCACCCGCAGCAAGAAAUACCAGGACCGGCAAGACCUCUACUACCUGGCAGGGAGUUACGACCCCACCACAGGCCGGCUUGUGACUGCAGAUGGUGUGCCCAUCCUGUGCUGAGGCUGCGGGAUACAACCACUGCCCAGGGCCAGAAACUGGCAGGGGUGGGGGCAGGAGGGCCUUUGGAGGGUGGAAGGGGCCAGUCUCCUUGUACCGCUUCCUGGCAAUUGGAUGCAAGGCCCUGAAAUAUGCAAGGUGCCCGGCUUUGCCAUGCCCGGGGUUGCAGGCUGAUCCCGGCUCCCCACACGGCUCUGUACAGAUUUGAAUCCAAGCCAUACUUUCCCUAGUACCUCUGACUGUUUGCCGCAGGCCAAACACAAAUCAGGUUACCGCUCUAUUUAUUUCAUGUGUAAAUAAUGUAUUUCUGAUGGGAAGUUUUAUGGAAAAGGAACAAACAAGACAAAAAGGCAGGUUUUG